AUGAACCUGGCACGCCAAAUCGCAACUUAUUUAUUCAUAUCUGAAAUAUUGCAGAUUAGAAUACUUCACAAUGUGCUUUCACUGGUGUGGCUUACGAAGAAUAUAAUAUUAGUCGUCAUUCAUAGCAUUCAUUGCGAAAAGUUUUAUUUCACUGUCGAAGAUGCUGAGAUGGCGUGCAUAGGGCUUAUGAUGAAGAAAGGCUGUUCAAGUAAGAAUCAUAAUUUGUCAGUCGAAAAAGCUCAGGAUCGCUGUACUACUAUUUUGACUUCAGGUAAUACAGGCAGUGUAAUUUCAACGAAUGAGAUUAGGAAGCUAUGCAAGAACGUGCUACGCUUGCACCGCGCGUCAUUCAGCAAGAUACGCGCGUGCGGACUGUUCUACGUAGACGCCGCGUUACAACUCGCUCUUAUGGGGCUACUCACUAACUAUACUAUUGUGUUGCUACAGUUUGCUUUUUUGUAAUUGUCAAUUUAAAUCGGGAUACUUUAUUAAUAAUUUCUAUGACCGUUUGAACAUCUG